AUGGUUGAUGUCGGGCUUGAUUCACAGGAGGACGCCGACGAUGAUCCUCCAGAAUCUCUUUUGGAAGAGCCAACCGAUAACAGCCCCCCAGCUUUCCAACGAUUCAAAGACCCGUCGGGACGAACGCCGCUGCUGGAAAGAUCGGCGAGAAGCGACACUGACAUGGACAGCACGCGACAUACAGAACCUCCGGAGGCUGACCCAGCUCCCUCAGGAAACGCCUUUGUCGAGGGAGAGAUAUUCAGACACGACCCUUUCUUCGCGUGGAUAUUCUUAAUCAGUCUCGCCGGGAUGAUGUCAACCUUUGUCCUGGUGUGGCUCAAUACUACUCCUAAGAAGAGCCCUGUUGGAGACACGAUUUAUACGACACUACAGAAAUCCUUCAAUAUGCUUGCCGUCGAUACCGUGGUGGCAGUAUUAGUGUCAUUUGUAUGGUUGGCAGCGCUGCGGUCCUUUGUUCGGCCGCUGGUUACUGUUAUCCUGGUCGCUGUGCCGGCCAUUAUGUUUUCAUUUUCUAUUUUCUCCUUUGCGUCGUCUUUCAAAGGGCGGACGCACGGGACAAGCUUUCAGGACGUCGUCAUGAGAUGGACCGCCAUCGUCCCGGGAGCUUCGUGCAUCCUAUGGCUCUGGCUUGUCGUCAAGGGCCGAAGAGCGAUUCAGCAGGCCAUUGAAAUUCUUCAAUUUUCCUCCAAGAUUCUGGCACAAAACCCAGGUCUCUUAUUAGUCGGCUUUGGAUGCCUGGCCUUGAUUGUUGUCUGGACCUGGAUUUGGCUGGCCAUGUUUACCCGUGUCUUUAUGGGUGGCUAUUUCUCAAAGUCGUUGGUUCGGUUUGUGAUUCAAUUCUCCAGCUGGUGGCUCGGCGCCGCAUUUGUCUUCAUGUAUAUGUGGACGCUCUCUGUCAUCAACGCGGUGCAUCGAGCGGCGACUGCGGCGACCGUCUCCCAGUGGUACUUUCAUCGCAAUGCAGGCCCUGCCACGCCUUCAAAGGAAAUCGUCAUGGCUGCUUUGGGCCACGGCGUGACCACAAUCUUUGGCAGCAUUUGUGAAUCAACGCUUCUGUCUCUCCUUAUCAGAGCACCAUUGAUUUUCCUGCCCAGGAGGCUAGGUGCAAUCAUCACAAACAUCGCUUCGUUCUGGAUACCGACGCCUAUUGUGGCUCUCACAAACCCUCUCACAAUUACCUUUGCAGCCAUUCAUUCUCAAGGCCUAGCCACGUCUGCUAGAGGUCUUGAUCAAAUGGAAUUUGUAUCACCUGCAAUCCCUACUACCACACUGACACCAAGGGCGUUGCGUCUACGCGGUCAGGCGAACGGCCUUUUGCCCUACCGACUGGCCAAGUUGCUCCUGGUUGCCACGCGAUUGAUUAUGGCUACUGGGCUGGGAUUUGCGGGCUGGGUGAUUACCGCAAAGCAACUGCGGAUCCAGCUCCCAGACGGUGUGGGCGUGCGAGGAUCAGCGUAUGCAUACGUGGUUGGCAUGAUGGCCAGUUUCAUUGGCUACUCGGUUAUGGGCGCAAUGGAGGGCAUUCUUAGCGGAAUUGUCGACGCGGUUCUGAUAUGUUAUGGAAGCGAGCGACGGAUGGAGAGAGGCCAUGGACGAUUCUGUCUCGAAGCGGCAUAUCUGUUUGGAGAGCGGCGAGGAACCGGCGAGGAUCUCGGAUAUGAGUAA